AUGUCGCGCUCCAUUCUUAAAAUAGUCAAAGGCGUUGAUAAGAUUGAGGGUCUGGGGAUGAGUAUCAAGAGAACGCUGGGACUCAAAGAGAUGAGAAACUUCACGCCGUUCCUUCUCGUUGACCAUUUCAAAAAUCAGGCCUCAGGCUCAGGGUUUGCACCUCAUCCGCAUAAAGGUCAUGAGACCAUCACUUACGUGCUAUCUGGACAAAUACAUCAUUCAGACUUCACGGGGUCCAGAGGAGUUAUCGAUAAAGGUGACCUUCAGUUCAUGACAGCAGGAAAAGGUAUUGUCCAUGCCGAAACACCAAAAGGAGGGUUGGUAGAGGGCCUACAGAUCUGGGUUGAUUUGCCGGUGGCGUUGAAGGAGGUUGAGCCCAGUUAUAGAAACCUGAUAGGCAAGGAUACUCCCGUAGUGCGGUCGUCGAAUUUAAGCGAGAUCAGGGUCAUUUCCGGGGAGUCAAAUGGGAUAUCGAACAAGCGUGAAUUGGCUCAAAUUCCGAUUGAAUACUACCAUAUGACAUUGGGCGCCGGUGCUGAUUUCAAGCAGGAGGUGAAAAGAGGCCAUAAUAGCUUCAUCUAUGUGAUUCAUGGCCAAUUGGAAGUCGCGGGAAAAGAAGUCCCCGAACACAGCUCAGUUUUCUUCGACGAGGACGGCGACUUCAUCGCUGGAAAAACACCCGAGGGAGCCGAAUUUGUCAUUCUUACCGGACAGAAGCUGGACCAGGAAAUCCACAUGAUGGGCACGUUCGUGGAGGCCUCACGUGAUAAGCUGAAGGACUCUCUGAAAAGCUACAAGAAUAAGACUGGAGGUUUCUCUAGGCUGCGUGAUCCCUCCUAUAAUUUCAGUUAA